AUGGAGGUCUCAGCUGUACCCAACGCGCCGCGGGCGUCCUGGAGUGUCACGCAGCGCCUUCGCACAUCUCUCCGCCGGUUCCCCAAAGCUCCUCACGUCCCUAACUUUGUAUGGUGUGCUCUCUUCACGGCAAUCGGAGGCUUCGUAUUCGGAUUCGACACUGGGAGCAUUGGCUCCGUCACUACCAUGCCGCAGUUCAUCUCUCACUUCUCAUCGACACGCGCGUUGUCUACGACGAUUCAAGGCCUCAUCGUGUCGACUAUCCUUGUCACCGCCUCUAUGGCGUCCCUAGUUUCUGGGCCUCUCUCUGAUCGCAUCUCUAGGACCAGAACAAUAUCCCUGGGAGCAUUCAUAUUUGCGGCUGGCAGCGCUAUCUCGUGCGCUUCACGUUCACUUGCGAUGCUGUUCGUUGGGAGAUGUGUCGCCGGCAUCGGUGAAGGCUUGUUUCUGUCGACAGUGACCGUGUACGCUAUAGAGAUUGCGCCAGCAUCCGCUAGAGGCAGGCUCGGAUCAAUGGUGCAACUGCUCUGCACAAUGGGCAUCGCCUCUGGGUAUUUCAUUUGUUAUGGCACUGUCCAGAUCCCAUCCUCUCUUUCUUGGCGAUUUCCGUUUGGUUUGCAGGCAGUGAUUUCCGCUAUAUUAGCAGUGGGGUCGCCCUUCCUGCCGCAUUCACCUCGCUGGCUCCGUCAUGUGGGCCGAGCAAUUGACGCAGACGCUGCGUGGGUGAAGUUGGAUGUUGUUUCCGCUGACGCCCAGAAGACGGAAGAGAACGCCAGUAGAGAUGCAGUGCAACGACUGAGUUGGUGGCAAGAGGCACAGCAAUUGUGGAAACGGGGAGUCAAAGCGAGGACUGCCCUGGGGGUCUUUCUGAUGGGGAUGCAGCAGGCGUCAGGAAUUGACGGCGUGCUUUAUUACGCACCUGUCUUGUUCGCUCAAGCAGGUCUAUCGGCGUCGGCGGCGUCAUUCGCUGCGUCAGGGGUGUCAGGUCUGAUCAAUGUCGUUUUCACAUUGAUCGUUCAAUUUUUCGCCGAUGAUUGGGGACGCCGGCCUUCUAUGAUCUGCGGCGGAACUGUCAUUGGAGUGUCCAUGAUGCUCAUCGGCUCUUUGUACGCUUCGCAGGCAUCAGACACACAAGCGGGGCGUUGGGCAAUCAUCGUGCUGAUCUACAUAUUUGUGGUCGGUUUCGCUGCAAGUUGGGCUAUUGUAACACGUAUCAUCUGCAGCGAAAUCCAGCCAAUGCGGACGAGGGCUGCUGCUACGAGCCUUGGGCAGUGCGCAAAUUGGGUGGUCAACUGGAUUAUAGCCUUCACAACGCCCAUGUUCCUUGCACGCACGUCUUCUGGACCCUACUUCCUAUUUGGCACCUGCUCUCUGCUCACCACGCUGGUCUGCCUAGCCUUCCAGCCCGAGACGAGAGGCGCAUCGCUCGAAGAGGUUGACAAGGCAUUUGAGAUAGCGCCUUGGAGAGCUGCCCUUGGGAGGCGGCGGGAGCGUUCGAGGUCGGAUCCCGGCGCUGCUGAAGAAUACGAACUUGCUCUUCGCUCGCGGCCUCAGGUCAUAAUACCGGGACACGAAAUCAACGAUGACGUCGAGGAGAUAGAUACUAUUCGCCUUCCAGAGGUCAAAUUUGGUGGGCCUUGGCAUUGGGCGCGUUGA